AGAAAAUGAAAGAGAAAAGUUAUCACAUGAUGACAGGUCCCUCUGACUCACAUUCCAAAUCGAGGCUAAAAUCGCCAUCAUAAUUUUUACUUUGCAAUUUUGAUCAAUCUUCGUCUGUUCAGCAGAAUACAGGUGUACCGAGGGUCAACUAAACCCUAAAACACGAUGUGUGGUGGGUUUACUUGUUCGAAGAACGCGCUCGUAGCGUUAAACGUAGUGUACAUUCUAGUCUCCUUUAUCCUGAUAGGUGUUGCUGCCACAGCACGUGCAGUUGCUAUAGUUACAGAUAUAACAGUGAUAGGUGGUGUCAUAGCCUGUGGAGUAUUCCUUCUAUUGGUAGCUAUCAUUGGGCUGGUAGGAGCUGUAAAACACCAUCAAGUCUUACUCUUUUUUUAUAUGAUCAUCCUAUUCCUAUUAUUCCUCAUACAAUUUGCAAUAGCAUGUGCUUGUCUGGCUGUCAACACAGUGCAGCAAGAAAAUAUUGCAACCCAGGGUUGGAUGAAAUCCUCAGUUUCGAUGAAAACAGAAGUACAGAAAACAUUUGAUUGUUGCGGUUUUAAAGAACAAAAUUUAAUUGAUGAACCAAUGGGGCAUCCAAAAUGUGGCAAUGUGGCAGAUUGUUGCAAAAGCAGUGACGCCAAAUGUUGCUCUGGUAAAAAUGAAACCACAACAGAUUUAAAUUGUCCUUGUAGCCAGUGUUGGAAUAAACUAGAAAAACACAUGGAUUCAGCAUUAAAAAUAACUGGGGGUAUAGGACUAUUCUUUAGUUUCACAGAGAUACUAGGUGUUUGGUUAACAGUUCGGUUCCGUAAUCAGAAAGAUCCACGGGCCAAUCCCAGUGCUUUCUUAUAACUAUAAGUCAAGUACAGAUAAUUGGCGUUUGGCUAGCUCUGAGGUACAGAAACCAGAAGGAUCCCAAAGCUAACCCAAGUGCAUUCCUUUAAAACCUACAGUCAGACCAUAUACAGUACAGUGAAACGCUCAACUACUACAUUCUAAGACAAUGCUUCUUCAAAGUUCAUCUCUGGAGAGGGGUGUGAUAUAUAUGGAGAGGGGCCUUUAGUUAGGUCACUUGGAUAGAGAUGAAAUAGUUGCCUUUACUAACCAUAGUUUUAGGAAUAUAGUACACGAGACUGGAAAUUGCAGUGAACCUGGAAUGGAUGAUAUAAUUCGAUACACAAAACCUAAGCCAUUAGAUCUUCUAGAAUUACUCUAGAAAAAUCACAAAUAAUGUCAGAUUUAAUGAAAACAUUGACUGUAUUGACUUACAUUCAUCUGUCUAUUAUUAGAUUAUUUUAGUUUCACAUGUAAGUGUAUGAUGGUCGAAAUGAAAUCAACUUAUUAAGUACUUUGUACAUGUUGAAGUGGAUGAUAUAAGGAUGCUUUGUAUUGUAUUUAUAUUUAUUAUUUAAUUAUUGCCAAGUGUCUGUUUAGACACAGACACACCAACUUACUCCAAUUUCUUCAAAAACUGGCAUUUUGUAUCAUUCACUAAAACAGCUACAAACAUCUCAUGUGUAAUUAGUGUACAUAAUACAAUGAUGUAAUUAUUGUAUAAAAUGAUAUGUAAACGAUUAAAGGGUGUACUAGGUUAUACAGUGCAAGAUAGGG